AUGCACGUACUACACGGCUUCAGCCAGCGACGCAAGUCGUCUCGCCGCCCUCGCGACCUUCACAUCCGAAAGGUCUCAUUCUCCGGCUCCUCUCUCUCUUCCGGCUGCUCCCUCUCCUCCUCAUCCUCCACCAUCUCCGACGUCUCGACACCUACGCCUACGCAAACACCCAUCGCCACAACCCGACCCGAGAUCGAUCCUCUUGCUUCACAUCCCGCCUUCCACGCCCCGCCUCGGUUGUACGAGAGGCCCUUUAUCUGCAUGGAUGAAGCCGAGCCUGUAUUUUAUGGUGGCAACGACGACGAGGAGCAGUACGUUGAGCAUGAGACUGCUCAACCUAUCGAGAUGGCCCUGCCUCCUCAUGUGAGCCCAAUGGAUGUGGCCGAUGAGCAGUGCAAGGAGCCCCAGGACUACUUCUUUACAACACUAUCUAAGCGACCACCGAUGCCCCGAUCACGGUGGUCCGAGUCGACCAUCCAGACCCUGGACCAAUUCGACAACUCUGACUCUGAGGACUCGGACGAGAUCACCCAGUCCGAGGAGUCUGAAGAUGAGGACGACGAUGCCUCAGUUCUUGAGAUGCGACGUCUUACCCGCCGUGCCUCGGCCCUCAAGACCAUCUCUCUCAACACCACCUACGCCCCUCGAACCGGCCCCGCUCCCAAGCGUCCUCCCAUGCGCUCCCUCGACUCUGUCGACAACUUUAUCCGUCGCGGAGGAUGGAAGCGUCGUGGCAUUGUCUUUCGACAAGAAGACAUGGAGAACCAACAGCGGAGCGAGGCGGACCGCGCAAGCUUCUAA